AUGAUCACACUGAUAAUUUUCCUACCUAACGUUUCCUAGCAGUACUAUCCUUUACAUUUAUUCACUUUGAGUAUCCUCUAUGGCUUAGCAGCUAUCUCCCUUAUACAAACUUUUAUAACAGAUCCAGGUAAAGUAACCACAGAUUUAAUAGAGUAAAUCAAGUUAAACCUGAAACUAGAGAUACCAUAGAAUGCUGAUGAAAGCACAGAGAAUCUAGAAAUGAGUAGUAGUGGUGAUUCUCAUAGAGAGUUGAACAGAAAUAGAUUAUUAAUAUUUGAACUUAACAGACAAAUCGUUCUCUAGAGUGAGCACUAUCAGCAAAAUGCGGGCAAGGAUCUACAAGCUUUUAACUCAACACAUAGUACUAAUACAUAAAACAACUCUAUGGUGUUGGAUACAUAGGGUGUUGAAGCAAGACUGCCGGUAGUAAGCUAAUUCAAGUACUGUGAGAGCUGUGACUAGCUCCAGCCACCCAGAGCGUAUCACUGUGAAGUAUGCAAUUGCUGCAUUUUGCGCAUUGAUCAUCAUUGUUUCUGGAUGGGCAACUGCAUAGGCUUAUAUAACUUCAAGAACUUUAACUUGUAUCUGCUUUACAUGUCUAAUGCUUGUGGCUAUGUUAUCUUGAUGAUGACUAAUUUCUUUACUAUUGAUGCUCUAGAACUGAUCGAGAUGAUGUUCUACUCCCUGAAUCUGACAGCUGUCACAUUCCUAUCUUUUGGUAUAUACUUCUGUUGUGUCAUAAUGUUACUGAUUAAUAUUAAGCUUUUGAUCAGCAAUCAAACUGGCUAUGAAUUGCAAUUAGACUUCAAAGUUCACCCCUAUAAAUAUAAGGGAUGCCUGGCUAAUAUCAAAGAGAUGCUUUUGGUUGAAAGUAUUUGGGAGAUGUUUGUCCCAUUAAGGCCAUUGCAAAGAGAGUACUCUGAGAUUAUAAUACCUAGAAAUUUACCUUUGGCGACUACAAACUGA